AUGGCGGUUCGGAAGCUUUUUUCCCCCAUCAAAUUUGCCCCGGAAAUUAAUUUUGAAAGGUACUCCGGUAUCUGGUUCAGUAUAGAGAAUGUACCGAACGAAUACACUUCUGUAACGUCGUGCUCCAUGACCAACUACACAUGGACAGGUGACCUGAUGACAGUGAUGGAGCGAGGCCUAGACCACGAAGGCAGAAAGGUACAGAGAGCUUCCGUGAUGAGACGCUCUGAAGACCAACCUGGGGUUCUAACAGUCGAGGCUGAUGGCGUGCCAAGCGCUCCUUACGUGGUGGUGGGAACAGACUACGACAACUACGCCUGCGUACACUCCUGCAUGGAUUUCAUGGCGUUCCGUGCAGCGUUCUCCUGGGUGUUCACCAGACAACCCACUCCUGACCACUCUUACCUCCAGCUUUGUCGAGACAUUUUUGAGAACAAUGACAUAGACCAGAGUUCCAUGGAGCCUAUGAAGCAAGGGAAGGACUGCCCAUACGCAGAGAAGCUGAAUUCCCUCUUGGUCUACAGCCAAAGUAUCCAAAGUAAGGCGAAGGCGAAGGCAUUAAAGGACGGUACAAAACUAGUGGCCGCCGUGAGUGUUCCUGGACAGACUGGAGACAGCAUAAACCACACACACCCUCACCACCACAACAAAAGCACUAAUGUACACGAGAGACUGAAAACUUUUAUGGACGACGAAAAGAAGCACAUUGAGGAACUAGAGGAGGAGGAGCGCAGGUUGAUGCGCACACUGGAGGCAGAGCUGCGACGGGAAAGUGAAGAGAUUCAGGAUCUUCGCAGUGAGAUCAUUUAGGGAAAUUAAAAACACCAUUAUGGACAAGAACGAACGAGCGGAAGUGAUAAGCCUCGUCAGAGCAGCCUAGUCGUCUUAGGGGUAGUUAGUGCCCUUCUCACCACGACAUGGCUGUAAAUAAACUAUAUAGGCCUACAUCUACCAGUAUAUAACAAGUUUUCCUAAAGUGUGCUGUGUUCUCCAAGCUUUACCAGGGAGUAAGUUAAGACUUCCGCAGUAUUAUUUAAGUAGCUAAUAUUUCUAGUUUUAGUUUUUCUAGUUUUUUUUUCGGUGUGAAAAUCUGUGUUGGAAAGUUUUGUUUUGUGUUUAAUGAAAAGUUCAGGUUGUGUAGGAAGGUCCGUAAAUCCACCACGACCAUUGAAUAAGGGUGAAGUUCAUGGAUUAAUAGAUUAAUAGUUGGGAGGAGUUGCUUCUGGACAAUUUCAUGCAGUUUAUAAGAUGGAAAGGAAAUAAGCAAAGCAGGAGAGUGCAAGAUUAUGAAUAGGUCAGUCAGGGUGAGUCUUGCAACUGCAAGAACGUACACUACAAAAUAUUUUCAAAAAUAAACUUAAAACAAUAGUUAAA